GAAAAUAUACAAACUGGAAUCCACAGGCAUCCACUGCAUCCAUGGUUGUUGAAUUUUACUCAACAAUGAAUUAUUAUUCUGUCUUAAAAUGAUGAAACGAGUUUAUACGUUAUACCGGGUCAAGUUCAAUCUGAACAAGAAUUUUGGCAGUCUAGCUGAUGGUGAAAGGUCUUAUCAAUAUGGGCGGAAAGGUUUUAAAUGAUUUCACCAUUGUAACGUACGAAAUUUCAGUAUAUAUAGAUUGAAUAAUUGAGUCAAAAAUCAUUCGUUCUGAUUCAUUCGUACCAUGGCAUUCAAAUUCGUUAGCUUCGCCGCCCUUUUGGCUGUUGCCCGCGCCGGAGUUCCCUUGGGAUACGCCGCUGCCCCAGCUGUGUCCUACUCCAGCCUCUCAGCUCCAGUGGCCCAUUACGCAGCACCAGCGAUCGCCAAAGUUGCAACCUACUCAGCAGCUCCAGCAGUCUCAUACUCAAGCAUCUCAGCUCCAGUAUCCCACUACUCCUACGCUCCAGCUGUAGCUAAAGUUGCCACCUACUCAGCUCCAGUCGCUCAUACUUACUCUGUUGCCCCAGCUGUCCAAACAUACUCUGCACCCAUCGCUCACACCUACGCUGCUGCCCCUGUAGCUUACGCCACCCCAAUUGCCAAGACCAUCGUUGCCGAACCUGAAGCACCAGCCAACUACGAUUUUGGAUACUCCGUCAACGACCCCCACACCGGAGACAGCAAAUCCCAACAAGAAUCUCGCCACGGUGAUUCCGUCCAAGGAAGCUACUCCCUCAUCGAAGCUGACGGAAGCAAACGUACUGUGGAAUACACUGCUGAUGCCCACAACGGAUUCAACGCUGUUGUACACAAAGAACCAGCAACCGUAGCUGUCAAAACCGCCGUUCCAGUAGUAGCCAAAUACGCCGCCCCUGUAGCCUAUGCUGCUUCCCCCCUCAUCACCAAGACUUACACCCCAACCCUCUCCUACGCUGCUGCACCAGCUGCUUACUACCACCAUUAUCGUACCAUGGCAUUCAAAUUCGUUAGCUUCGCUGCCCUUUUGGCUGUUGCCCGCGCCGGAGUUCCCUUGGGAUACGCCGCUGCCCCAGCUGUGUCCUACUCCAGCCUCUCAGCUCCAGUGGCCCAUUACGCAGCACCAGCGAUCGCCAAAGUUGCAACCUACUCAGCAGCUCCAGCAGUCUCAUACUCAAGCAUCUCAACUCCAGUAUCCCACUACUCCUACGCUCCAGCUGUAGCUAAAGUUGCCACCUACUCAGCUCCAGUCGCUCAUACUUACUCUGUUGCCCCAGCUGUCCAAACAUACUCUGCACCCAUCGCUCACACCUAUGCUGCUGCCCCUGUAGCUUACGCCACCCCAAUUGCCAAGACCAUCGUUGCCGAACCUGAAGCACCAGCCAACUACGAUUUUGGAUACUCCGUCAACGACCCCCACACCGGAGACAGCAAAUCCCAACAAGAAUCUCGCCACGGUGAUUCCGUCCAAGGAAGCUACUCCCUCAUCGAAGCUGACGGAAGCAAACGUACUGUCGAAUACACCGCUGAUGCUCACAACGGAUUCAACGCUGUUGUACACAAAGAACCAGCAACCGUAGCUGUCAAAACCGCCGUUCCAGUAGUAGCCAAAUACGCCGCCCCUGUAGUCUAUGCUGCUUCCCCUCUCAUCACCAAGACUUACACCCCAACCCUCUCCUACGCUGCUGCACCAGCUGCUUACUACCACCAUUAAGUUAUUCGAAGUUAUGUUGUUGAUGAAGUGACAUUGUGUAAAUAAUGAUAUGUACUGUGGGAAUUGGGGCUAUGUAGUCCUAGAA